AUGGAAGAGAGUCAACGUAGUCAAAAGAAACGCUCACAAAAUUGGGGAGAUGACGAAGAAGUUACUCUUAUUGAGGAAGUGAAAUUAAGAUCAGAUGCCUUGUUCGGGUUGAUGAGAGGGAGAGGGGCAAAAGGGAAAUUAAAAGAAAAGGAGUGGCAAAUGAUUGCUGAUAAACUAAUUUCACAAUUUGAUUCAAAAAGAAGAAGCUGGGAGGAAGUGAAGAAAAAGUACUAUAAUUUGAAAUCUAGAAGCAAAGAAAAGCUUGAUGGGUUAAUGCAGCCCAAAACUGGUGGUGGCCCCCCUCUUCCACCACUUACACAGGGAGAGGAAACAUUUCUCCGCCUUGCAGAUGGAGAACCAAAUCUUUGUGGUGUACCAGGAGGGAUUGAUACAGAUGCACCACAUACUUCAGAAUUGUUGGCAGAUAUGGCAGAUACUGAAUCAAUAGCUGAAAAUUCCCAACAAGUUAAAAGUACAUCGACUGAAAACCCAUGUACAUCAAAAUCUCUGGAAUUCAGCUCCAGUUCUUUGCAAGGUAAUGAAUCCAGAAAAAGGAAGAUUGAUGAAUUAGAAGAGGCAAACUUAAUUUUGGAUAAUAAAAGAUUAGAAGAGGAAAUUCUUAAAAUUAAAGAAGAAAGGGAGGUUCUUGCAUUGAAAAAAGACAUUUUAGUACUGAAAAAACAGAAACUUGUUUUAGAUAUUCAGACCUCCUAUCCUUGUUUUCUUGAUGAAAUGUAA